AUGGCUCAGCAAUCACUGGUAACAACAAACUCUAGAAACCUCUGGCAAGAAGCGUUUGGUUCUUUGUCUCAAAACGAUCAAGCACACCUCCAAUUUGACGACCAGAAUAUCGCUAUUAUACCUUCGCAAAUGCUCAAUUAUGUCAAAGACAAGAAGCAAGAGUGUCUUAAUAAGAGGUGGGUAUUUCGCAAAAGAAAUCAGGACGAAGUCAUGAUAAGAGACAUUUUCGAGAAGAUUGCCAGGUGGAUCAACAAGUUUAAAGAGAUUGGAGAUGUUGUGAUUCAGUAUGAUCCAGGUCAUGCUGCCCUUCCAUGGGCUGGUGUACGGUUUCUUCUUCAGCUUGCCCUGAACGAUGUUCAAGUUUAUGGCACUAUGUUGGAAGGAAUUGAGAUUGUUUCGAGAGUCAUCACUCAAUAUGCAGAGAUUGAGAAGAACAAUCUCCGGGAAACUUCAACCACCGGAUCGAUCCUUCAAGAUGCACUAGUAAAAAUAUAUAAAACAGCACUGUUAUUUCUCGUCAAAGCUCGUCAAUAUUUUGAAAGUUCAACUGGUAAGAGGAUCGCAAAAAGCACGAUCCAAAUUCCAAAAUCAAGUGUGAUCAAAUUACUUGAUGAUUUGGAAAAAGAGGAGGAGACUGUACAUCGAAUCUUGGCAUCGACCCAGACGAACCACCAUACCAACGUUCUAACAUCUAUUGCGGCGAAUGUCGCGGAUAUCAAGGCUGGACAAGUUGACAUUAUUGAUCGAAAAGAUCGAACUCGGAUUCUGAAGCAACUUAGACCAGUAUAUACAAAUGACCACUAUCAUAAAAUACUAGAAGCGAUUCAUUAUGGAACGUCAAACUGGAUAUUCAACCGAGAAGAAUUCAUUGAUUUCGCUGAACUGGAUUUAGUGGCUUCCAAGGUCUUCUGGAUUCACGGUCCGCCGGGCUUUGGGAAGACGUUUUUAGCUGCAAGAAUUAUACAGUCGCUUCGAGCUGAACGCUCAAAUCUCGUGGCAUAUUUCUUUUGCCAAUAUGAAGAAGAUUCAAAGCGGGAACCCCAAGCAAUUCUCAGAUCAUUUCUUGCUCAAAUACUUAACCAAAGCAAAGAAGCACUAAAAGUUGUAAGAGAACCACUAAAAGUUGCAAGAGAACCAUGCGACGAUUACCACGAAGGGUUCGUCUUCACUCUUGAAGAGCAAUGGAGGCUUUUUCGAAAAUUUUGUCAGCGUAUCAAACAAUGUGUCUUCAUCAUUGACGGCUUCGAUGAGUGUUGGGAGUUUGAUCGGACGAUGCGUUACUCUGCAGGAGCUGACCGCUCCAAUUUCUUACGCAAUCUUAUAAAAGAAAUUAGCAAGUCUAAUUCACGACUACUCCUUCUUAGUCGAGACCAUGCCGAUAUAAGGACAGAGAUAUUCAACCCCAGAACAGACGGCCAAAAUGUCCUCAUCUUCGACUACGAGAUAUCAGCCAAAGACACAAUUGGAGACGUGAUUACCGUGUCUAGGAAUUUGGUUGACUCCAAGCUUCCUCGAAAAUCAGAAGAAGAUCGGAUUUUCAUUUCUCACCAGGCUGCUCAGAAAUCGGAAGGCAUGCUGUUAUGGGUUCAUUUGCUGUCGCAGAGACUGGAUCCAAGUAGCAAUGCAAAGGAGAUUCGGGGUUCCAUCACGCAGAUGCCUCCUGGAUUUGAGGAGGCAUAUGAGCGUGAACUGCUUCGAGUCUCAAAAUUGAGCACGAUCAAGAGAGCGCGGACCAUAAAAAUGAUCCGCUUGAUCCUCUUCGCGCUCAGACCACUCACUGUUCGGGAAUUAAUUGAGGCGUCAGUUGUGGAUCUCGAUAGUGACGAGAAUACUUAUCCCAUGGAACACUUGCCAGACGAGUGGAAGCUUUACAGUGUUAGCGACGAUGACGUUACAUAUAUCAUUCGAGAGCCUCUUGGGUCUCUGAUCGAGAUUCGGAGCGAUGGAGAGCAAAAGGAUCUGUCGCUUCACACCGUGCACUUUGUGCAUUUUUCUGUCAAGGAAUAUCUUCAUGACCGGAACAGAGCUGGAGAUUCGCAGAAUCAAGAAUUGUGCUUUCGGGAUCUGGCUCUCGAGAAUGAACACCUGGCUAGACUGUGUCUGAAAUACCUAUGUUGUAAUGUGUUUGGAAACGAAGCCGAGAUCCGGUGUCUGUCUUUAAAGGAAAUGAUCAUGAAAUAUCCUUUUCUUGCAUAUGCAGCACUCUAUUGGUAUCAGCACACGCCUGACAGCAACAAAUUGAUGCCUGAAACUUUGAAAUUGGUAGGGAAACUUCUCAAUAACAACACUAAAAAUUGGAAGACGUGGGCAGUGAUUUAUGAGACUGGAGAUACAAUCCUAGAGAUGGCCCUGGCAGAUGAUAUAUCACCUGAGCUCUCUAAUUUGAGAGUCCGCGAGACAGGUCCUAGCCCAUUUUACUAUGCUUGCUACCUGGGCUUCUUGGAUAUCGUGAAGGAGCUUCACACUCGGGGUUUUGAUCUGAAUGAGAAGGGCGGCUAUUAUGGCUUUCCACUGCAGGCAUCACUUUCUCAAGCACAUUUUAGCACUGCCAAAUAUCUCAUUGAAAACGGAGCGACUUUUGAGCAAGAAGACAAUGACUAUAUAUCUGCUGCCUUUAUAGCAGGCCUUGAUAAUAUCACCGAGGAUUCUCCAUAUUUGCGAGAGUGUUCUACUAUGAUUCAAGCCUCCUUGAGCCGGACGAAACGACUUAAAUCAACAGCACAUCAUUCAAAAAUUCAUGAAGCAUGCUUUAGGGCCAUCAAAAUCUUACAAAUGUAUAAUAUCGGUCCAGGGUCAAGAGCUGCUCAUGAAAUUGUAUCCCUUAUAUUGAACGCUACUUGUUGCAAAAGGGAUAUUGAUCAGGUACUUCUCAACUUCAGACAGGGACUUAAUGAGGAAUAUAUAGGAGCCUACUGCCUGGCUAGAUUUGGAGAACGAGACCGACGCACAUUACUGGAGUCUCUAUCAGUCAUAGUACAAGGAAUUGAUUCGAGAAACGACUAUGACCAGAUACCGCUUUUCGGAGCAAUACAGCAUCGUCAAAUUAAAUCUGUUGAUCUUCUAAUCAGUUGUGGCGCAGAUGUCAACCACACAAGUGACGAAGGGACCCCGUUGCUUGCUGCAAUCGAAUUAGGAGAGUUAGAGCUUGUAUCGCUGCUCGCUGCUCACGGAGCGGAUCUGGACUUAUCAAGUGUGCAUUCAGGAACGCCGCUAUGUGAAGCGGUGCUUGAUCGAAAACUUCACAUUGUUUGGUUUCUACUUGAACAUGGCGCAAAUCCCCUAAAAUCCGACCAGAGCGGUACAACACCUCUAGAUAUUGCCUUUUCAUUAAAAGACAAGGAAUUGGCUAUGCUUCUUCUUCAUUACAAUGCACUGCCAAUAGCGAACCCUUACCUUGGGAUGAAGCCACCAGGGCUUGAAGAGACUGAAAGAGAUGCAGACGUACUCGGUCGAGAGCUCCAAAUAGCUAUUUGUGUAGAUGAUAGCAGCCGCACACAAUGCUUACUAAAAGCGGCCCUGACACAUUCAAUGGCAGAAAUCGUUCUUGGCUCCGCACUCAUUGUGGCGGUUGCUGUUGGAUCCACUGAGGUAAAGAACCUCCUGGAGAACAAAGCAAACAUCCAUUUUAAAUCGCCGAAUGGCCGUACGCCUUUACACUACGCCACCAUGAGCGGAAACGUGGUUCUUGCUGAACUGCUGAUUCGAUACGGCGCACAUGCCUGGGAAGAAGAUGACUUUCAACAUACGGCAUUCGAUUUGGUGUCCCCAGGAUCCGGAGAGUCUACUUCUGCAAUGCUUCAGUUGCUUGUCCAUAGUUUUGAUCACGUCUCACUUUUCAACUCUCUCCCCAAUACUCUAUUUCGCGUAAGAAAUGAUGCCUGGAAUGAAAUGGCCGGUACCUGGGAACUGAGUGCCUGGGAGAUGCCCUUUUCUAUUAGCGAGCUUCCAUUUAACACUGUUUUUGAGAGAGGAGUAAAGAUAACCUUCGAUAUCAACAAAUCUACCAACAACAAGACGCUCGCUCAGUUUCCCUUUUUCAGCGGCGUUGAACGAAAAUCGGUGCUUCCGAUGUACCAUCAAAGAGAAAUAUAUGGUCAGAUUCUCAACAAUGAAAUUGUCCUUCUUGUGAGUCCUUUCGAGAGGAUGAUGGUGGGCGAGUUUGAUAAGUCAUCAUUUACAAUAAGGGGCGAAUACAGACCUGAACCAUAUGCAUGUCCCGGGUAUUUUACGAUGAGAAAAUUGACAGACACAAUUUUACCAGAAGUUGAAUAUUUUUUGGGAGAUAAUAUGGAAGAUUGA